GACAUAGGUUGAACUUGCAGAGAUGGCUGAGCAAGAACCCACUCCUGAGCAGCUGGCACAGAUUGCCGCUGAAAAUGAAGAGGACGAGCACUCUGUCAAUUACAGGCCCCCUGCCCAGAAGAGCAUCCAGGAGAUCCAGGAACUAGACAAAGAUGAUGAGAGUUUACGCAAGUACAAAGAGGCCCUGCUUGGAAAUGUAGCCAUUGCUGCUGGUGACUUGGAGAGCUUCAAGAAGCAGGCGUUUGUGCUAAAGGAAGGUGUGGAGUACCGGAUAAAGAUCUCAUUUCGGGUGAACAAGGAGAUUGUUUCAGGGUUGAAGUACAUUCAACAUACAUUCAGGAAAGGAGUAAAAAUUGACAAGACUGAUUACAUGGUUGGGAGUUAUGGGCCACGUGCUGAGGAGUAUGAGUUCUUAACACCUAUGGAGGAAGCCCCCAAGGGUAUGCUGGCCCGGGGCAGCUACAACAUCAAAUCAAAAUUUACAGAUGAUGACAAGACAGACCAUCUGUCCUGGGAGUGGAACCUGACCAUCAAGAAGGAGUGGAAGGAUUAGUCCUUCCAGUGCCAAAUCCCAAGCGUUGUUCAGACAGUGGCUACAGUAGAAACCCCACCCUGUACCAAAGUGCUGGCAUUGGAUACCCUUCCCUUUCCCCCUUCCCCUUUUAGCUCACCAGGAAGACUU